AUGGACAUCGUGCAACAACUGCCUCAGCUGGAGGCGCUUUGCUUGCAACUUUACACAGCACAGACCAUCCUGGACGUCUCCAGCUCCCCAUAUGCCCAACUGCUGGCAGCGAGCAGCCUGCUCAAGGUCGUCACUGAAUUCACGCUCUCGAAUCAGGUGAAGCUGGACAUGCGGACCUAUUUCCUGCAGUACCUGAACGGGCGGGGCCCGACCCUGGAGCCCUAUGUGGUGGCGGUCCUGGUCCAGCUCAUUUGCCGCAUGACAAAGCUGGGCUGGUUCGAGGACAGCGCAUACCGCAGCAUCGUGGAGGACGCCGGCGCCUUCCUGGAGCCGCGCUCCAAUGACGGCUCACUCGCCCACUACAUGCUGGGCCUGCGCCUGCUCAACGCCAUGGUGCUGGAGGCCAACAGCCCCACGCCCCACCGCACGCUGACUCAGCACCGAAAGGUGGCAGUCGGCUUCCGGGACGCCGCGCUGUACAAGAUCCUGCAGCUGGCGCUGGGCGCGCUGCAACGGCUGCCCGGCAUGCGUGCCGACAACGCGCUGCUGGAGCAGGCGCUGCGACUGCUGGUGGCCACGCUGUCCUUCGACUUUGUGGGCACCUGCCUGGAUGAGUCGGCGGAGGACCUGGGCACCAUCCAGAUCCCCACCGCCUGGCGCCCGGCCGUCGAGGACGCGGGCACGCUGCAGCUGCUCUGGGGCUACUACGCGGGCAACGAGCCGCCACUGAGCAGCCUGGCGCUGGAGAGCCUGGUGCGCCUGGCCUCGGUGCGGCGCUCCCUGUUCUCCAGCGACGCGGUGCGCUCCGCUUUCCUCGCGCGCCUGGUGGAGGGCUCGCGCGACGUGCUGCGGGACAGGCGCGGGCUGCACCACCAUGCCAACUACCACGAGUUCUGCCGCCUGCUGGGGCGGCUGAAGACCAACUACCAGCUGGGCGAGCUGGUGGCCCUGGCGCCCUACCCCGAGUGGAUUGGACUGGUGGCCGACUUCACCAUCAACAGCCUCACCUCCUGGCAGUGGGCCUCGGGGUCGGUGUUCUACCUCCUCGGGCUCUGGUCGCGGCUGGUGAGCAGCAUGCCAUACCUCAAGGGCGAGGCGCCGUCCCUCCUAGAUCUUUAUGUCCCAAAGAUAUCCAGGGCCUUCCUCACCUCCAGGCUGGAGUCGGUGAGGACUGUCGUGCAAGACGGGCUGACGGACGACCCCCUCGACUCCGAGGAGCAGCUGCAGGACCAGCUGGACUCGCUGCCGUACCUCUUCCGCUUCCAGUACGAGAAGAUGGCCGAGGCGCUGACGUGCGCGGCGGACCCGCUGAUCGCGGCCUACGCGUCCCGCGGCGCGGGCGGCGCCGUCGCCGGCGGCGCCGCCUCCUCCUCCUCCCCCCCGCGCGACGCGGCGGUGCUGGAGGGCCAGCUCACCUGGAUCGUGUACAUGGUGGGCGCGGUGGUGCGUGGCCGGGCCUCCGCCUCCGGCGCCGACGCGCAGGAGGCGGUGGACGGCGACCUCGCAGCACGCGUCUUCGGCUCCUUCCGCAAGGUGUACAUUGGCGAGGCGGUGAUGCACAGCAGCAAGGUGUACGUCCGCCUGGGCGAGAGCGUGGGCCUGGCAGACCACGCCGCGGUCAUGAACGUCAUCCUGGCCAAGAUGGCCUCCAACCUCAAGGUCUACUGCGGCGCGGAGGAGGUCAUCUCCGCCACCCUGGAGCUCUUCAAGGACCUGGCAUCGGGGUACAUGAGCGGCAAGCUGCUCAUCAAGCUGGAGGCCAUCAGCUACCUGCUCACACACCACACCGCAGAGUACUUUCCUUUCCUGGCGGGGCAGGCAAACCUGCGGGCGCGGACCACCUUUUACUCGACACUCGCGCGGCUCCUGUUCAUGGAUGACACGCCGGAUCGCUUCAAGGCCUUUGUGGCGCCCAUGCAGCAGGUGUUUGACUCCCUGGCGACGGCGAGCCGCAGCGCGGGCAGCCCCGCCGCGCUGCGCGCCUCGGUUUCCAACGAGACCGUGGCCGGUCUCUUCAGGGACCUGCGCGGGGUGGCCGCCGCCACGAGCACGCGCCGGACCUACGGCAUGCUCUUUGACUGGCUCUACCCUGCCAACUUCCCCGUCAUCCUGGCCUGCCUGGAGGCCUGGUCCGGCGACCCGGUGGUCACCACCCCCCUCCUCAAGUUCGUGAACGAGUUUGUGCUCAACAAGUCGCAGCGCCUCAUCUUCGACUCCUCCUCCCCCAACGGCAUCCUGCUCUUCCGCGAGGUCUCCAAGGUCCUGGUGACAUAUGGCAACCAGGUGCUGUCGGCGCCGCGGCCUGCAGACGUGUACGGCGGGCUGUACAAGGGCUCCUGGAUCUGCCUGUCAAUCCUCAGCCGCGCGCUGGGCGGCAGCUACGUCAACUUUGGCGUGUUUGAGCUGUAUGGCGACCCCGCGCUCAACGAUGCGCUGGACAUGGCGGUGCGCCUGGCGCUGAACAUCCCGCUGGCCGACAUCCUGGCCUACCGCAAGGUGUGCAAGGCCUACUUUGCGCUGGUGGACAUGCUGUGCGCGAGCCACGUGCCGCUGCUGGCAGCACGCGACACGCCCACCUUUGUCUUCCUGCUGUCCAGCCUGGACGCGGGGCUGAAGAGCCUGGACGUGGCCGUAUCCAGCCAGUGCGCCGCGGCCAUCGACAACCUGGCCGGCUACUACUUCCUGCACAUGCCCGGCGGGCACAGCCCCAAUGCCGCGGCGCGGGCCAUCUCGGAGCACGUGCGGCAGCGCCCCGACCUCUUCCCCCAGCUGCUCACCACCCUGUUCGAGAUCGUCAUGUUCGAGGACUGCUCCAACAUGUGGUCCCUGUCACGGCCCAUGCUCAGCCUCAUCCUCGUCAGCGAACAGGUUUACGAGCAUGUGACCAAGCGCGUGGCGGCCAGCCAGCCCCCCGAGCGGCAGAGCCACCUGGCGGCGUGCCUGGAGCGGGUGAUGGCGGGCGUGACGCGGUCUCUGGAGCCCAAGAACCGCGACAAGUUCACGCAGAACUUCACCAUCGCGCGGCACGACUACCGCGCCAGGACAUGA